CUUCCUUCCUUCCAGUACACUACCAAACAAUAUAUCUAUAUCUAUAUUUAUAUUUAUAUUUAUAUCAUUACCCAACUUUAGCAGCUGAAUCAACAACACCACCACCAACUGCUUCGUGUCCAUUCCAUGUGUCCGAUGCCGACAUCUCUUUUGUUUCCAAAAUUCCAGAAAACCCCAUCUCCUAUUUUGCCUCCAACAAAACCCCCCCAAAAACAUAAAUCAAAGAAAUGAAUCCUUUUCUUAUGAACUGAAGCUUCAUUAAUGGGUUAUUUCUGAGUUGUUUUUGGCUGUUGGAGCAAUGGGGUAUUGGAUUAUUUUGCUCUUUUUGUCAUUUAUUCCGGCGGCGAUUCCGGCGGAAGAUGCUAGAAUUGUUGUCGACACAAGCUCGGCUGUCGCCGAAACCGACGAUAAUUAUAUUUGUGCCACCAUUGAUUGGUGGCCGCAAGAUAAGUGUAAUUAUGAUCGAUGCCCGUGGGGUUCUUCAUCCGUGUUGAAUCUUGAUUUAUCUCACUCGUUUUUACACAAUGCUAUUCAAGCUUUCGGCGCCUUGAGAAUUAGAGUCGGCGGAUCUUUGCAGGAUCAAGUGAUAUACAAUGUUGGGAACUUGACGUCUACUUGCGAACCGUUUAAAAAGGAGAAUGGCGGAUUGUUUGGAUUUUCUAAGGGAUGCCUACGUAUGGAGCGGUGGGACCAGCUGAAUAAACUUUUCGAGGACACAGGAGUUAUUCCGACUUUUGGCCUCAAUGCUCUAUACGGGAGGCGGCGCUCUCAAAAUAAGGUGUGGGAAGGGGAAUGGGAUCCGAGCAACGCUCGUGAUUUUAUAAAAUACACUAUAUCCAAGGGAUACCGCAUUGACUCAUGGGAAUUCGGCAACGAGUUAUCCGGGCGGGGGGUGGGUGCCAGCGUCAACGCCGAGCAAUACGGAAAAGAUGCAAUCCGUCUCAACAAUAUGAUCAAUGAACUGUAUGCAAGUUUCCCGGCACGCCCCCGGCUCAUAGCGCCUGGUGGGUUCUACGACAAGUGGUGGUUUAAUACAUUGCUUCAGGUCUCCGGCCCUCACACCGUAAACAUUAUGUCGCAUCACAUGUACACUCUCGGCCCAGGAAACGAUCACAACCUCUUGAGCAAAAUCCUAAACCCGGACCAUUUGAAUAAAGCAACCUCAAUAUUCAGCAACGUUACCUCGACUAUCCAAUCAAAUGGUCCUUGGGCCUCCGCUUGGGUCGGGGAAUCCGGAGGCGUGUUCAACAACGGCGCUCGGGGCAUAUCCGAUGCCUUUAUUAACAGCUUCUGGUAUUUGGAUCAGCUCGGAAUGGCAGCGCGAUUUAAAACCAAAGUAUACUGCCGGCAAACUUUGAUCGGUGGAUUCUACGGUCUCCUAAACAAAACUACAUUUGUUCCGAACCCCGACUAUUACAGCGCGCUUCUUUGGCAUCGGCUGAUGGGGAAAGGUGUGCUUGAACUUAACAGCUAUGCAUCGCCGCAUCUACGGGCCUAUGCUCAUUGUGCAAAAGAACGAACGGGCAUAACUGUACUUCUGAUCAACUUAAGCAAUGAAACUACAUACAACGUCGAAAUCAUGUCAAGCAACAACCAAGAACUGACAGUGAAAGACAAAACCAACAAGAAGCAGCGUGCGAGGUCCUUUAUCAACAGCCUUAAGAGAUCGGUUUCAUGGAUUGGAAACAAAGCCUCGGACGAAAAAUUGUGGCGAGAAGAGUACCACUUGACGCCGGAGAGUGGCGAUCUCCAAAGCAAGACGAUGUUGUUAAACGGGGAGCAGCUGCAACUGACUCAAACGGGAAAUAUCCCCAGUUUGGCUCCGGUCCUACGUGAUGUGAAAUCUCCGAUCAGCAUUGCUCCUUUGUCCAUCAAGUUUGCUGUGUACCCUAACUUUGAAGCACAGGGGUGUGAAUGAAGUGUGUGAUCUAUAGGUGGUGAAUACAUAAUAACAUACAUGUCUUCUUUUUUACGAUAUUGAUAUUGACACCGAAUAAAAGAAACCAUAACAUAUUCUAUGAA